CAAACUUAAGAGAAGAAUUAUUCAUGACCAGUUAUUGGGAUGUAACAGACAACCUAAUGACAGACACGGAAAUCGGAAAUUAUUAUAGCAUCAAAGACAAAAUAAUUGAAAAAGAAUUAUUGCAGGACAUUCAAGAAAAAUAUGAGUUAAACCAGGACACAAUCAGGAUUUACACGGAUGGAUCCAAGCAAGAAAAGGAGCCCUCAGUGGGAUGUGCCUUCAUAGUUGAAAGCGAGGAAAGAGGAUACUUCAUGAGUCUCAAUAACGCAGCUACGGUGUUCACAGCAGAAGCAUGCGCAAUAGCUAAAGCCAUGGAAUGGGUCUACCGUCAGAAGUUGAAACAGAACAUUCUAAUUUUAACAGACAGCCUAAGCACAGUCAAUGUCCUAAGCAAUAAUGAAAUUUCAACAACUUGUAACAUCUAUAUACUAGAAGCUAGAAAAUGGUACAGUAAAAUCAAGAAGGAACUCGAAAUAAAAGUAAUAGCAUGGAUCCCCGCCCACAAAGGAAUUUGGGGCAAUGAAGAAGCGGACAAACUAGCUAAAGAGGCCACUAAAGAAGAACAUACGGCAGAGCUCAAAAUUGCAAAUAGAGAUAUAAGAAACAAACAUAAAGAGGAGUUAACACAAAGAAAUAAUAGUGAAUUGGAAACACAGGCAGCGAUAAAAGGAAAGUUUUACUUUGAAAACUUUUAUAAAAAAGAGGAAAGAAGCCCCUGGUUUAAAGGAACGAAUCUACCUAGAAGAGCUACAGUUCUAUUCAACAGAUUAAGAGCUAACCAUUUCAACCGAAAUUCAAGCUUGGCGCGCAAAGGUUAUAUAAACUCCGAGAGAUGUCAGUGUGGUAGCGAAAGAGAAGAAUUGGAUCACUUUAUAUUCAGUUGCAAUAUUCAUGACGAGGCAAGAAUGAACAUGAACCUAACGGAACAAUUGAACAAAGUUGGAGCGAGCAAGCUGGAUAGCGUCUGGAGCUGGUUAAAAAAGGAAGAAUUAAGCACACUCAAAGUUAUAUAUCAGUUCAUAAAGGCCAUUGGAAGAAUCGUAUAGAGAAGGGCGGGAGUCAUCCCGCAAAGAUAAGAAGCAUACGUGCCAUAUAGCUAUCUUAGAUCUGGCACAUUAAACCCACAAAAAAAAACACGUCUCUAACCUCGAACUAUCGACACGCGGCGGCGCGGACUCGAUCACCAAUCAUGAUACGUAGGGUGCGUUUCAUGCGCAUGGUGCAUCGUUCAUCCUUGUUCGUCAAACGUUUAAACAAGGAUACAACAGUACAAAUCUCCACCAUUCGUCCUAAGCGCCGGGCGACGACGACAACAAUGACGACUACGACCGACGUUUCUUAAACCAAAUUUACUCUUGAGCGAAAAAUUCUAAUCGCGAUAUCUCCGCUCAUAAGUCAUGUAGCAGAAAAAUAAAAACACUUUAAUAUAUAAAUCGGAUGUAAGCCAUCCAUUAAGCCUAUUUAGAAAUCAAUCAAUUUAGUCGUUAUUGAGAUCCAAUAAUUACGGUCUUGUCGCAAAAGACAUCUCGCGUAAAAGAAGUACAGUGGUGCCUCGCUGCGUGUACACUUGGCGCGGGGCACUACCGUGCCUCUUGACAAUAUCACGCGAUUAUAGAAAAUAAGGAAAUUAUGUUGUAAUAUUUAUUAUAUUGUAUUUUUAACUUGCAAGUACUAUAUUUUUUAAUAGCUAUCGGAACUUUUUAUCAAGCAAAGAAUUAGGAGAGCCGACAAUUCACAAUAUUAAUGUUGAUAGAGAAAAAAACUAGUAUAGAAAAUAAAACAAAAUUAUGUAAAAAACAAACAAAAUUAUUAAUAAAAAAAAA